AUGGCAGAGCUGUGCGCAGCUUCCGCUGCCAGCAGCCCUGGCGCACCAGCCGGCCCGCGCGGCGACCCCGGCGCAUCGACAAGCACUAACAACGACGCCCGCCUGCAGCUCGUCGGCCCGGCGCUCAAGGGCAAGACGAAAUGGCUCGGCGCGGCCCUCGUCGACGGCACGCUCCUGGGCAUCCCCGGCCACGCGACGAGCAUUUUGCGAAUCGACCCGCGCCUGGACCGCGUGAGCGUCCUCGGCGAGGGCUGCGUCAACAAGCGCGGCGUGAACAGAUUCAAAUGGCUCCGCGGCGUCGCCGUCGGCGCGAGCGCCUACGGCAUCCCGAUGCACGGCGACGCCGUGCUCAAGGCGACGCCGCGCGUCGACGUGUCCAAGGUCGAGCUUCUCGGCCGCAAGGAGCUGCGGCGGACGUCCGGCGACUUCAAGUGGCACGGCGGCCAGCUCGCGCCGAACGGCAAGAUCUACGGCGUCCCGUGCUACGCGGACGCGGUCCUCAAGAUCGACCCGGCGCGCGGCGACGCGGUCAGCGUCUUCGGCGACCUCCCCGCGGGGCCGGCGAAGUGGUACGGGGGCAUCCUGGGCGACGACGGCAACAUGUACUGCGUGCCGUUCAACGCGUCGCGCGUGCUGAAAGUCGUCACGGCCGAGGAUCGCGCGGAGUUGAUCGGCCCCGAGCUCGAGGGCGAGCACAAGUGGCACGGCGGCGUCCUGGGACCCGACGGGUGCGUCUACGGCUUCCCGGCGCACGCGGGCAGCGUGCUGCGCGUCGACGCGGCGACGGGGGACGUCGCGCUGCUGCCGCUGCCGGAGGCGGAGCCCUUCAACGGCGGAAAAUACAAGUGGGGCGGCGGCUGCGUCGCGAACGGCUGCGUCUACGCCGUGCCGUCCGACGCGAGCCGCGUGCUCAAGGUCGACUGCGCCACGGGCGCCGUGUCGCUCUUCGGGGACCUGCCCCGGCGGCGGAACAAGUGGCAGGGCGGCGUGCUCGGCGGCGACGGCCGAAUCUGGUGCGUGCCCUGCGACGCCGACGCCGCGCUCGUCAUCGACCCGGCGUCGGACGCCUGCGCGCUCGUCGGGUCGCUGCCGCCGGGCCCGGACAAGUACCAGGGCGGCUACGCGGACCACGACGGCAACGUCUGGUGCGUGCCGGAAGACGCGAAACGAGUGCUGAAGAUGCACGCGGUGUCGUGCGAUCAUUUCGUGGCCGCGUACCUCGCGCGCCUCGGCCUCGACGCGGCGCCGCCGCCGCCGACGCGCGCGACGCUCGAUCUGUUGAUCGAGGCGCAGCUCGAGCGGAUCCCCUUCGAGAACCUCGACCUGCUGCUCCCGGGGAGCCGGCGGACGCCGCUCGCGCCGCUCGCGCUGCGGGCGAAGAUCUUGACGCGGCGCCGCGGCGGCCACUGCCUCGAGCUCAACGGCCUCUUCUCCGAGUUUCUCGCGCGGCUGGGCUUCGAGUGCAAGCUGCUGCCCUGCCGCGUCUACGCGGGGCCCGAGCGGGGCCGCGGCGACGCGGGCUUCCGCCACGUGCCGAGCCACGCGGCUGUGGUCGCGCGCGUCCCCGGCGGCGACGCCUACUUCGUCGACGUCGGCCUCGGCGAGCCGCCGCUGGCCGCCGUGCCCUUUGCGCCCUCCGGCGACGCCGUCGAGACGCCCGAGGGCAUGGCGUCGCGCGUCGUCGCCGUCGACGACGACUGGGAGCUCCAGUGGCGCCGCGGCGGCGCCUGGGCGCCGCGGCUCCGCUGGGCCGCGGCGCACGGCGCCUGGGAGCAUCACGGCCCGUCGCUCGCGGAGUUCGAGGCCGAGGCGGCGCGCUACGCGCGCCAGCCCAUGGGCCGCAAGUUCGUCUGCUCCAAGGUCACGCGGCACCGGAAGACGACGAUCUCGAACGCGUCGCUCAAGGUCACGGCGCCGCGCUUCGGCCCCGGCGUCGUCGUCGACGUCGUCGACCUCGGCUCCGAGGAGGACGUGCGCCGCGCGCUCGAGGCCCACUUCGGCGUGCCCUACGCGGAGACCGCGGGGCUCGACGUGGCCGCGGGCGCGGGGGAGGACUGGUGGAGCCACCUCUAA